UCUUAAGAGACAAUAAACAACUUGUGUUAUUUAGAAAACCGUUCCUGUAGUUUUUAUGUAAUUUUUUUUGUACCUAAUUUUUUUUUAAUGGAAAUAAUUUGUUAGAGUUAUUAUUUAUAAUUAUCAGCUAUCAAAGAUAUAAUAAACCAAUAUGCCAACUGUUAUCUUGCUCGAUGUAUCGCUAUCUAUGUCUCGUAGUAUCAAUACCAGAGAUAAAAUCUCUCUAAUUGACGUCGCUCAAUCAAAUCUUUUAUAUUUUUUUGACCAGUUAUCAUCUAGAUGCAAAUUGGAGCAUAGUUCCCUUGUAGUAUUUUCAUCUUUAUAUGAAGUUCUUGUUAAAUUUACGCGAGACUAUGAGGCUUUAAAGACCGCAUGCUUAUCUUUAACAACAUACGAUAAAACUAAGAUUGAAACUGCUCUAUUUGGAAUUGAGGAUCUUGUUACAGAAGAGUGGGGAAGCUUUGUUCCUAUAAAUUUAAUUUUUAUUACAGAUGGACAAUGUGGUAUUGGAGAAUAUUCUUUGCAAGAAUCAUUAAAAACUAUAAAUCAAAAACAAAAAGAUGUUCAUUUUCCCAUACCUUUUUCAUUUCCUUGUAAUUUAAGUAUAAUAUGUUUAGCCAGUCAUAAUGAACUUCGUGCUAAUAAAAAAUAUUUUGAACAGCUUAUAACCAUGAACUACGAAAAAGGUGAGUUGAUAAUACCCGAUUCUUUAACUGAAGCAAAUGUACAGAAAUGCUUUAACCGUCUUCUUAGUUUGCAUUAUAAUAAAUACGAGGGUACAUUGAAAUGUGGCCAUUUUGAAUCUCAAGUUACACUUUCACCUCCACCAUCAUUUCAAAAUACUUUUACUCAAAUAGUUAACUUAUACAGACAUCCAGAUGAUGAAGCUCCAAUAGCAAAUUUAAAACUUGGCACUGUUCUAAAUAUUAUAGGUUUUCUUGAUCUUCAAAGUUUUUCUAAUCCUGCAUAUAUGUCCAGACAUUUAGUUGUACCUAUUCAAAAUGAAAACAAUCAAAAUAAUGCAGGUAAAAAUAAAGAUUCAAUAAGUUUUCAACCAUCGUUUAGUGUAUUAUUGCAUGGAAGUUUAAAAAUGGAAAAAAUGGGUGCUGUUGUUAAACUUGGUAAUGAGUGGUAUGGAAUGCUUUAUUCUUGGGCAGAUAACAAAAAAAAGUCUAAUCUUAUGCUGUCAAUAUUUGAGCCUGGCUUGGAAAGAGUUCCCUGGUUAGGUAAUCUAAAAUAUCUUGGUCCUGCUUAUGAACUUCCAUCUAAUCCAUACCUCCAAGAUGCAAAAGAAGGUACAGAGGAAAGUCCUUUCCCUGUUAUAACCUCUACCCGUAGAAGCUAUCACUCUCAUACAAAUGCUGUGUGGAUAAAAUCUUCAGGGCUUGUAUCUGACAUUCAGAAGUUAUUACGUUAUGCAAAAAAAUUACCUGAUAAGCAAUCUGUAUUUUUUAAGGAGGUAAAUAAACUACGAAAGGCUGGUGUUGCUUAUGGAUUUCAUGGACUACUUGUUUCUCUCGCAUUAACACUCGAACAAGAAGCCGAGAAUAUGAAGCCAGAGAUUCAAGUUCAACUCAGACACGUCGCAGAAGGUUUAAGGAAUGCCUCCAACCGUGAAAUGAAUAAAAAUAUUGUGGCGAUAAAUAUGUUUAGAAAAAAAUCAAAUUAACGUG